AUGACGGGAGUUUUCCGUCUUCUGAGACUUCCUUGGAUAGUAAGAAACAUUAUUUUCAAACAGUUUGAGUUUUAUGAUUUAUUCAACAUCUCUUUGUGCUCGAAAAGAUGUAAAACGUAUGUAGCCUCUUUAAAACUUUUGAAAUCUCUGAAAAUGAGAAUUAGAAGGAUUGACUUAUGGGGAAUCGAUUUGAUCGAUAAGCCAUUUAAUGACAUUUGGAGAAUGGAUUUCGAGAAAAGAGUCAAAUCAAAGACGAGAAAUGAGUAUGGACACAGGACGGUUGACGGGUUGAAUAUGAGAAUUCGACAGGAUGGAAAGAACUUUUUGAUUGUGGAAUAUGGCAGGAAAAUGAAACCACCAAAACUACUAGCAAAAACAAUUCUGGACUUUUUCAUCGCUCAAUUCUCGUUUCCGAUCCACGACGUCUUUUUCCGUCUGGAUGAUUUCUCCGAAUUGGAUUAUCAAAUGUAUAGAAGUAUAAAAGAAGUCGAAAGUUUAACAAUUUACUCGGAUAAAUGUGUGGUAGAUGAGAAUUUAUUGAGAGAUUUCCUGGAAAAUGUAAAAAUCAAGGAUGAAUUCAAAAUAAAUCUUCGGCACCCAGGAAGUCAAAAUUUUCAAUGCGAACUGAAAUUGGAAUGUGAUAAAUUUGAAAUCUGGUCGAACGCAAGAUGGAUGACCGCAGACAGUUUUCUCGGAGCGAAUUGCGCUAAAAUUAAUCUAAGGAAUGUACAAUUUACUCCUAAUGUCUAUGAAGAUUUCGUAGCUCGAUGGUAUUAUUCUGAUAAUACAAAACUGGAAAUGGUGCAUGUUUGGUAUAAAGAACGAUGGGAAACUUCAGACUUUAGUCGAUUCUCUCCGAAACCAUGGGAUCCGAAGCAGAGAGAUCAAAUUCAUAGAGAGAAAAAUGGGUCUCAGAUGGACUUUGCGGAUGGAUUGGAUAUUUUGAGAGCGGAUGGAAUGUUGGCCACUAUUAUGGAUUCACCAAGAGAUUUCCAUUUUCAAGUAUGGAAACAACGAUUCACUGUUUGGAAUGAGAGGGAAGAUUGA